AUCCCCACUCGAAAAUUGUCUGGAAAGAUUUUAUAUUGGUUUAUCGAAUUCUCCAGAAAACGUCACUUUUUACCCAACUGUCCGUCGGUCCAUAAAUCCAGAUGACGAAAUGUUAACAUCUAUUUUCUGUUUAUAAUUUUCUUUUAAUGUAUUCAUUUUUUUACUGUUAUAACUAUUAUUAAGCUUAGAUAGUAUGUCGACAAUUCAGUCGAUACCCAGGCAAAGUUAUGACAGUAUGUAUGCAUUCAGUAUUGAAAACAUUACACAUCUUUCACUUUCUAUAAUGAAAAUAGUUUGUAUGAAGCAGUGAAAGUUUAAGUGUUGUACUUUUUCGCUUUAUCUCAAAGUUUUGAAUUCGGUCCACAAAUAUUAGUGUAUACAUACAUGUUUCUAUGUGGAAUGGCAUUUUCAUCCUUAAAAAUGAAGCAACAGCUUUUCAAAUCUUACAGAAACGUUCUUUCAGGAUUUCUUAUCAGUUCUAUAAUGCAAGAAUGUUUUCUCAAUAUUUUCAAUACAAAGAAUGACCAGGUAGCUGUUGAAUGAGGAUUAUUGAAAGGACAAGGAAGAAGCAGCCAUGAACAGCUUGUGCUAAUGGAUUAACUAUGCCACUCUCUGUCUCUAAAGAAGGCCAUGAUGCUCAGGAUUCUCUUUCAGGUCUGUGUAUACAUGAAUUGGGAUUAAAACAUGUUUGCAUUGUCUUGGAUUAACUGACAAAGUACUGUCUUGGAUUAACACACAAAGAGUUUCUUGGAUUAAUUGACAACAUUUUCACAACUGUCUGCAAAGAAUAUUUUAAAUUUGAUAUUAUAUGCGGUGAAAAAUCUUUUUGUAUCUCAACCGUCCUUGACAAAGUACAAUAAGGCUAGUUGAUAAUCUGAACCAUCCUUGACAUUCAGCAAUAACGGAAAGUCUCUUGAAUACUUCAAAUUGCAAAACACACCACAAAAUUCCACAAUAUGAUCGAGAUGACCACCAUGAUGCGUAACCAGUCACCGGCAACCAAUGAAAAUGAUGUCCGCAUGAGGAGCAAUCGGCCCAGCAAAGAUAACAAAGAGAACAAAGAGACAAAAGACCAACCAGUCCAGCAACAGACACCUCAGAAUGAAUCGCCAGAAGAAGCUGUUAGUCCAACAAGUUCCCCAACCCAUACACGAGAAAGACGAUUUUCAACAACAUGCUGCUUCUGCUGGUGCUGUACACCUCCAUGUUUCUCCAACCUAGGUAGCGGAAGAAGUUCUAAGGGAGAUAAUUCCCCUAAUUCAAAUAUGGUUGUGAAAAAUGAUCAACUCUCUCAGAGUAGAUCAAAAGAACUGGAUUCUAACAGCGACAGAGAAGAACUUUUAUCAUUAGAAGAUAUGAAAAACUGGUCUGAAUCUUUUGACCGACUUAUAAGAAGUAAUGGUGGUCGAAGAAAAUUUCGAGAAUUCCUUCGAAUGGAAUAUAGUGAAGAAAAUAUGUUAUUUUGGCUAGCAUGUGAAGAACUGAAGAGGGAACAAAAUUCUGAAUUAAUAGAAGAAAAAGCCAGAUUAAUAUACGAAGAUUAUAUUUCUAUACUGUCUCCAAAAGAGGUUAGUCUAGAUUCCAGAGUAAGAGAGGUUAUAAACCAAAAUAUGUUGGAUCCAUCUCCACAUACAUUCGAUGAAGCACAACUGCAGAUAUAUACUCUGAUGCACCAAGAUCCUUAUCCACGCUUUCUUAAUUCUCAGCUCUACAAAAAACUCAUCGAGGAGGCCUCCUCGUGAGAGAAGACCUGAACUAAAAACAAAGCUCUGUUCUAGUUUUUCCCCCCAUUUGCUACAAGGAAACUUGCUGCAGCCAAUCAGAAGCUUCACUGACGGUCGCUGAGACAGAAAGUGAUGGCACUCAUAACUAUUUCUACCUGUUGAGACCAUUAUCUGGCUAUGACAAAGAUGACAACUGUUGACCUGUACUGUGCUGGUAAUGAAGAUCUUUGGCCUCCAGCUCACACUGCUAGCCAUUUUGUAUAUGUGGGUGUGAAUAUAAGUGUGUAUGUGUGUGUGUGUAUGUGUGAGAGUGUGAGUAUGUGUGUAUGUGUGUGCAUGUGUGCUUGUGUGUGUGUACCACCAGCACGUGUCUAUAUGGCAGAUUAUGGCAGAUACAGUCAUUGUUGUCAUUGCUGUCGUUGUUGUUGUUGUUGUGAUUUAUUGUUGUUGUUGUUAGUGUGCAAGGAGGACUUAACAGUGCAGUAAUUGGACUGCACAUCUGAACUUCAUUCUUUUGUCAUCUCUUGUAUAUUUUACCUCAGUGCUUUUUUGGAAGCAUGUUCAGGAAUUUUUCAGAAAGAAAAAUAUUGACAGAGAUACAAAAUUCAAUGCAUUUGUGAGUAAUACAGCCAUAAGUGCACACAUACACAGAUAUGCAUUUUAAUAUUUACAUACGUGCAAAUUUUCACACACUAGUCACUCAAUUUUUGGAAGGCAAGGAGUAGUGAAAAUGUAUUUAUUAUUCUCCGAUAAUAAUGUGUUUUGAUUUCUUCUUUUUUUUUUCUAAAUUAAUUUAAUGAUAUUUUUAAAACAUUUUUAAGUAAAAUUAGGCUUCCUAAUUAUAAACACACAUAUUCACACACACAAUUUAUCACUUCCACAUUUACAUACAUAUAAUUAUACACACCAAUGUACAUGCAUAUACAUAUACUUGUUACAAAAGGGUUAAAAUAUUGAACAUUAUUACUAAGAAUUUGAAGAAAAUUCCAAAGUGGGGAGGGUAUUAUUUUUUUUCUUUUCAAUUUAUUUGAAUUUGUCAGUAAAGAAAAGCUCUUUCAAUCUUUUCAAAUGAAUUCUGAAAUUAAAAAACAGUUAAUGAAAAACUCAUUAAAUCAAGAAUACUAAGUGUCCUUGCUUGUUUUGGAAAGGACUAACUUUUUGGUUUAUAUAUAUAUCAGUCUUAACUAGAGGUGUUAAGGACAAUGAGAGACUCAUCAGAAAAUGAAAGAAAAUAAAAGGAUUAUGGCAUCCCAAAAUGAUAGACCCAUGAAAUGGGGGCAGGUAGGGAGAUGGUUCUUUUGAGGGUAUCUCGCUAGAUUAUUAAGAAAAUUAGAACAACUUGAUAAAACAGCCACAAAAACUUGUUUUGUCAUUUUUGUUUUAUUUUUUUCUUUGUAUAUUUCUAGUUAAUGUUAAAGAUUAUUAUAAGAGCAAGGGGUAGGAUAAAAAAUGUA